AUGAGUUCUUUGAAGCAGUUCAUCCGCAACGUUCGCGCCGCCAAGACCAUCGCCGACGAACGAGCCGUUAUUCAGAAAGAGAGCGCCUCCAUCCGAGCAAGCUUCAGAGAAGAGAGCGGCGACCACAGCGUGAGGCGGAACAAUGUCGCCAAGCUCCUAUACCUUUUUACCCUCGGUGAGAGAACACAUUUUGGUCAGAUCGAAUGUCUGAAGCUGCUGGCCUCUCCACGAUUUGCCGACAAGCGACUGGGACAUCUCGCUACCAGCUUGCUGCUUGACGAAAACCAGGAGGUCUUGACGCUUGUGACAAACUCACUACAGAAUGAUCUCGCCCACUCGAAUCAGUAUGUCGUCGGUCUGGCCCUUUGCACCCUGGGUAACAUCGCCUCCAUUGAGAUGUCGCGAGACCUGUUCCAGCAAGUCGAAGCCUGCGUCAACACAUCGAACCCGUAUAUUCGAAGGAAGGCGGCGCUCUGUGCCAUGCGGAUAUGUCGCAAGGUCCCAGACUUGAAAGAGCACUUCGUCGACAAAGUCAGCAACCUGCUGGCCGACCGAAACCACGGCGUCCAGCUGUGUGGCUUAACCCUGGCAACCAGCUUCUGCGAGGCCGACGAAGAAGAAGAUGCGGAUGGUGAUGAGGACAUUGUCGAGAAGUUCAAGAUCUUUGUACCGAACCUGGUCAAGACACUGAAGGCUCUCGCAACCUCUGGAUAUGCUCCCGAGCAUGACGUCACAGGUAUCAGCGAUCCGUUUGUGCAAGUCAAGAUCCUCCGCUUCUUGAGGGCCUUGGCUACGGGCGACGCACAUGUCAGUGAGCAGAUCAACGAUAUUCUGGCACAGGUUGCGACAAAUACGGACUCCUCCAAGAACGUCGGAAACUCCAUCUUAUAUGAGGCCGUCCUCACGAUCCUCGAUAUCGAGGCGGAUUCUGGUCUUCGCGUACUCGGUGUCAAUAUUCUGGGCAAGUUCCUGUCCAACCGCGAUAACAACAUCCGUUACGUUGCGCUCAACACUCUUAUCAAGGUGGUCGCCAUCGAGCCAAACGCUGUCCAGAGACAUCGCAACACCAUUUUGGAGUGCUUGAGAGACCCGGAUAUCAGCAUCAGGAGGCGAGCGCUCGAACUCAGCUUUACGCUCAUCAACGAGAGCAACGUGCGGGUCCUCAUUCGGGAGUUGCUUGCAUUCUUGGAGGUCGCCGACAAUGAGUUCAAGCCUACCAUGACCAGUCAAAUAGGCAUUGCUGCCGACAAAUUUGCACCGAACAAGCGCUGGCACGUCGACACAAUGUUGCGAGUGUUGACGCUCGCCGGCAAUUAUGUUAAGGAGCCUAUCAUGUCAUCAUUUAUCCGACUGGUGGCCACUACCCCUGAACUGCAGACCUACGCCGUUCAGAAGCUUUAUAUCAACUUGAAGAAGGAUAUUACGCAGGAGAGUCUUACACAAGCUGGAGCGUGGUGUAUCGGCGAGUACGGCGAUGCCCUAUUGAGAGGUGGGCAAUAUGAAGAGGAAGAACUGGUUCGUGAGGUUAAGCAGCACGAACUCAUCGACUUGUUCACGACUAUCCUCAACAGCAACCACGCAACCCAAGUUUCGACCGAGUACAUCGUGACGGCGCUCGUUAAGCUCACGACGAGAUUGUCGGAUCCUGCGCAACUGGAUCGCAUCCGCCGGCUGCUUGAAGUCCACCAGACAAGUUUGGAUGUUGAGGUUCAGCAAAGAGCUGUUGAGUACACCAACUUGUUCUCGUACGACCAAAUCCGCUCUGGCGUUCUUGAGAAGAUGCCGCCUCCUCAAAUCAAGGAGGAAUCCCGCGUACUGGGCGCGGCGACCACCACAAAGAAGGCCAAGGCCGCCAACAGGAAAUCGAGGGUCGUCAAGCCAACCGAGCAGGAUCUCCUAUUCGACCUUAUGGACACCCCUCCAACAACUACUCCUGCCGCCGGUGGCGCCUCUAACACCGACCUUCUCGCCGACAUUCUGGGCGGUACCUCAUCGCCCCCUACAUCGACAUCUCCUGGCCCGCAACAAUCCCAGGCAGCCUCUAUCAUGGACCUCUUCUCCCAAGGUCCUGCCCAGCCCGUGGGCUCUCCUGUACCAGUUAUGGGUGGCUCGAACAUGGACCUGAUGUCUUCCAUGUCCGCCGUGGCAACCCCUCCGCCCCAGGCGCAGGCCGCCCCGCAGGCACCCGCAGGCCUUCCUGUCUACGACAACAAUGGUCUCAACGUCAGCUUCCAGAUCCAGCGCAAUGCCGAGGGUCUUGUUCAGGUUAUCGGUCGCUUCAGAAACUCAGGCCCCGGUCCUUUGUCGAACGUGGGAUUACAAGCAGCUGUUCCCAAGACCCAGAAGCUGCAGCUCAUGGCCAUUUCGAGCACGGAUGUUGGUCCUGGCGCCGAAGCCACCCAGAGAAUGAUUGUGUCUGGAGCCAAGGGAGUAUGUUUCUUCCCCCUCUUUGCUUUUGUACUUUUUUAUCAGAUUGCUAACUUUCUCGCAGCCGCUGCGACUGCGUCUGAGGAUUGGGUACGGGCAUUCGUCUGCCGGAGAAGUGAUGGACCAGGUGAACUGGACCGAGCCGUCCUGAUUUGGCGCAUGUUCUCUUCGGGCGGUGGCGUGGACUUGUAUGCUUACGAUGACAAGGCAAGCGUAUUGAAAAAUAGAAAGAUCUGCGAGGAUGAAAGAUUGGGGGCAAUUAAAAGCACACCGUCGAAGCCGCCCACCUCCAAGCUGUCAUGCUGUCAGCAGUACCUAUGUGCUCAUGAAGAAAGACAGACAUUGCACAGCGUUACACUUGUCAGAGUCAAUGCCGUAAACGAAGAAAUCCGUCUCUUCCGGCUUGGGGUAAAGGAGGGGUCGAGGAUUGAGCUCUUGAUCCGAUGUGACUUACUCAUUGCGGGAAAACAGUUCCUCCCAGGCCAAUGGCUGGACACCUACGUCCCCGGCGUGCCCAAGGCAGGGGGCUUCACCCUCACCAGCCCGCCGUCCAAGGCCGUCCUACCAAGAUCCGCGUACCUCGAGCUCGCGGUGCAGAAGUCGCCGACGAACCCGGCCGCCGCUUGGCUCUGGGAACAACCUGUCGACGACGAGAAUGAAGACCCCUCCCAGGUAGAGAAGAAACCAGAGAUUCAGGUCCGCGUCGGCGGGUCCUUUGUCUGGCCGCCCCCGGGAAUUGCUGACUUGGCCUCCCUGCGGCGAAUCGUCUUCAUUGCAGGCGGCGUCGGUGUGAAUCCGCUGAUGAGUAUCGUGAGUCACCUGGCUGAAGGGGUUGAAGGGAAGGGCGGCUGCCCGUACGAUGUCCAAUUCAUGUACUCGACAAAGGUGCCGUCGUCGGCGUCGCCGCCAGAAGAGUCUGGCGAGGACAGCCUCCUCGAUUCCGAAAAGAUCCUCUUCAUGGAGCGGCUGGCGGCUAUUUUCGGCCGGGAAAAAGUCCGUGGCCAGAUGAGGUUGUUCCUCACCGGCCUCGGUCCCGGGAUCGCAUCCGGUGAGCCCGUUCUACAUUGCAACGAGAUGGACGUCCCGUUCAAGAGGCGCCGUAUGGGCCUCGAAGACGUGGCGGAAGCCUUGGGGCCCGAAGCGGAACGCGGUGAUGCAUUGGUGUACGUCUGCGGGAUCCCGUCCAUGACUGAUGAGUUGGUCGAGAGCCUCACAUCGAAAAGCGGGUUGAAUCUCAGACCUGAACGGGUUCUGUGUGAGAAGUGGUGGUGA